AAUGAGAAGAUCAUUACAUGGCACCAGAGUUUUAACCAGGUUGUGCCCCUUGCCCUGUGUAAUGACCACUGCCACACUGGUUACAGCAGACAAAGGAAGGAGGGGGAGCCGUUUUGUUGCUAUGAUUGUGCUCCAUGUCCAGAAGGGAAGAUUACAAACCAGACAGAUAUGAAUGACUGCUUCCACUGCCAAGAAGAUCAAUAUCCUAACGAGGAACGAAAUCAAUGCUUUCCAAAAGAUGAAAACUUUCUUUCUUAUGAAGAACCUUUAGGCAUCAGCUUGGCUCUUUUGGCUCUGGCUCUUUCUGGAACUACAGCUUCGGUGUUAGGAAUCUUCAUCAAGUAUCAGGACACACCCAUAGUCAAAGCGAACAACCGGAAUCUCACCUACACCCUACUCAUCUCCCUCUUGCUCUGCUUCCUCUCCUCCUUGCUAUUCAUUGGGCGCCCCCAGUUACUAACCUGCCAUUUACGACAGCCUGCUUUUGGUAUCAUCUUCUCCUUAGCUGUUUGUUCUGUCUUGGCAAAAACUCUCACUGUGGUUCUGGCUUUCAUGGCCACCAAGCCAGGAUCCCAUAUGAGGAAGUGGGUUGGGAAAAGGUUUUCUACCUUUCUUAUUCUUGGCUGCUCAAUUAUCCAGGCAAGUAUUUGUAUGCUUUGGCUGGGUACUGACCCUCCUUUCCCAGAUCUGGACAUGCACUCUCUGCCUGAAGAAGUCAUAGUGGAAUGCAAUGAAGGUUCAGCCAACAUGUUCUACUAUGUUCUUGGUUACAUGGGGUUGCUGGCUCUUGUCAGCUUCAUUGUGGCUUUCUUUGCUCGGAAGCUGCCAGACACUUUUAACGAAGCCAAAUUUAUCACUUUCAGCAUGUUGGUGUUUUGCAGUGUGUGGCUUUCUUUUGUUCCAACCUACUUAAGCACCAAAGGGAAGUACAUGGUGGCUGUGGAGAUCUUCUCCAUCUUGGCCUCUAGUGCUGGGAUUCUGGUUUGUAUCUUCUCCCCGAAAUGUUAUAUCAUUGUCCUCAGGCCUGAACUCAACAAAAAAGAGCAGCUGAAAAUGAAACAUUAG